GGGGUCGUUUCCGGUGUGAUUUGUGAGGAGGAUGUUUCUGCUUAGCGUAGUAUGGAAUAUUGCUUCUUUAGCAAUUAUUCUGGGUUAUUUAACCGUCGAAUAUAGUUCUUAUUUCCCUAGUCUAAUCCAUGAUCUAUAUUUGUUUGGGAAAGUCCGUAAAUUAGACGGUUUCAAGUUACGGGACAGUAUAUUGCACGUGCCGAAAAGCUGGUUCUGCCAUUUCUAUCUCACGGGUGUAGUGAUAAACUCCGCUGUCUUAGCCAUCACUCUCUACACAGUUUUGGGAACGGGAGUUUGGCCAGAAUGUGUCCAAGACUUCCUCACUAUCAUAGGACAUCCUGGCAAGGAGGCUGAAGAUCUGACAGCCCCGUUUCCAAUGGUGCUAGCUAUUGUCAUGGAAGAGAUACAGGUGAUUCGCAGAAGCAUUGAAACCCUAUACAUCAACAGCUACUCAAACAGUAAAAUGAGUCUGGUCAUCUACAUUGUGGGUUUGCUAUUCUACUCCAGCAUCGGCAUAUCCAUCCUGUCCCUGUCUCAGGCAGGUCCAAUCUCUCUGGAAGAUUUCUAUUCACUGUCCUGGCUACAAUGGUAUGCUGUGGUCUUGUUCCUGUAUGCAAGUUACAAGCAGUACAGUAUCAACAAAAGGAUGGCUAAGUUACGACAGGAUAAGAAUGGUAAUGUUGCCAAUAAGAAGCAUCACAUUCCACACGGGGACUUGUUUGAAUAUGUAUCUUGUCCACAUUUUCUAAUGGAGAUUAUUCUGUACUUUGCAAUCGCCACAGUGGUCGGCUGGGAACACGAGGUAUGUCUAUAUCUGUGGCUCUUUGUAUUUGUCAACCAACUCAUCGAGGGGUAUCUCGUCCACAGAUGGUACAAGGAGACGUUCCCCAAAUACCCGCCGGAACGGAAAGCUAUUUUACCCUACCUCUUCUAAGCAGAUACAUUUAUUCCACGUAAAUGUAUCAUACAGAACAGAGGCUGAAAGAAUCGUAAAUAUAUCUCAACUCAACGUCCAUCAUUCCUGUUUUAAUAUUAGUACAAAUUGUUAAGAUUUUUACAGAUAGAUAAUUCUGCUGAGAGAAUC